AUGAAAUCCGUGACGCGCUGUGCUCUGGACUGGAUUGUGGGACAAUCAUGCGGAAAUUUGUACUGUGGAGUUAGGAGACUGUCAGGUGUGUGUGUGAGAAUGUCCUGCUUGGCAAGUUUCCUGCUCGGAAUUGUCUUCCUGGCCACGGUUUUCCAACAUGCGGCGGCCUAUCUGGUGAUUGUGGAUGAAUUGGCGCCACCCGGAACGGUGAUAUUCAAUGCGUCGGUCUACAAAUUGGGCUCCGAGCGGCACUACAAGAUAAACACUCAUCGCAGUGCCAAUUUCGUGCAUCAUCUUCUGGCUGUGGACAGCAAGAAUGGCCAGAUUCGUCUCAAGAAGUCGCUCUCCUGCGAUGGCAUCUACUAUCCGAAUCUCUUCACAUUCUAUGUGGAUUCGACGUCGAAUAUGCUGCGCAGCAUUGACUACUACAGCUUGCCGCUGAGGGUGUUCGUUUCUGGGCGGGAGUGCAACGACGACAGGCGUCUUCAGCUGUUUGGCAGGGCUUUCGAGGAGGAUUAUCACAAUCGAGAGCGACGCAGCUUCGAGGAUGAUGACUUUGGCAGCUAUGGCGAGUAUCGAGGAAGUAAUUUGCACUUCUACAGGAAUGACUUCCCGUGGAUGUUCAGAGCUGAUGAGAGGGAAAAUGCCACAAAUUACCGCACAUUCCGCGAAGGUGAUGUUCUCUUCGACAGUCAGACGGCCAAUAACAUCCGCCAUGAGAUUAUUAAUCGGAAGCGAAGGCAUCUCGAGGAGUCUCUCGAUCAGCGAAUGCACAGAAAGAUUACAGAUGCCAAGCAGUGGAUUUCUGAGACUUACGCUUCCUAUGCCAUUCACAACACGGACAAGUGGAAUAAGAUUUGUCUGAAGAGGAGCCAAUUUAUCAACUCUCUCAGCGCCUUUCUGCCCAAAUCUGUGCAGCAAUCGUGCAAAGUGACCUUCCUCGAUGUGGGCGAUGAGAGAUUUAAGAUUGAGCAGCAGAAUGGCGAUCUCGUGGCCAGCCAAGAUCACUGCAUUCUGGAGCCAAUGUGGAAGGUCAUCGUGACGCUGAGUGUGCGAUGCAAUAGAAUGGAUCUCGUGGAUGCGGAUCAUCGGCUGAAGAUUGUCUAUCAUCAUCAGGAGUUCAAUGAUACUGAUAUCGCCAGGCGUGUUCGACGAGAGCUGCGCAAUCAGAGUCCGUACUUCGAACAGGCGCUCUACUUGGCUUCUGUGCUGGAGGAACAGUCGCCGAAUGCAAUUGUGACGACAGUGCGCGCGCGAGAUCCCGAGGAUUCACCUGUCGUGUACUCAAUGGUCUCGCUCUUGGACUCGCGGUCGCAAUCGAUGUUCAAAGUGGACUCGAGAACAGGUGUUGUGACGACGGCCACAAGUUUAGACAGGGAACUAAUGGAUGUUCACUACUUCCGAGUUGUGGCCACGGAUGACAGCUUUCCUCCGCGCUCUGGAACAACAACUCUACAGGUGAAUGUGCUGGACUGCAACGAUCAUUCUCCCACGUUCGAGGCGGAGCAAUUUGAUGCGUCCAUUCGCGAGGGCGCAACAGUUGGAUCCACUGUGAUCACGCUGCGUGCGACGGAUCAGGAUUUCGGGAAGAACGCCGAGAUUGAGUACGCGAUCGAGAGUGUCACGGGCGGUGGCGUGACGACGCACGAGCAGGACGCCCAGACGUUCCGCAUCGAUGGACGCAGUGGCGUGAUCUCGACACGCAGCGCACUGGACAGAGAGACGGCGGAAGUGUACACGCUGAUCGUGAGUGCCACGGACAUGGCGUCGCCGCAGAGCGAGCGGAAGUCGGCCACCGCGACUGUGGUGGUUAAAGUGCUGGACGACAAUGACAACUAUCCGCAGUUCAGCGAGAGGACGUACACGAUUCAAGUGAGUGAAGAUCAAUGGGGCGACAACAACGUGGUGGCGCACAUCAAAGCCAGCGACGCUGAUCAGGGGAAUAAUGCGGCGAUUAGAUAUGCCAUUAUCGGCGGCAACACGCAGUCACAAUUCUCCAUUGACUCCCUGAGUGGCGAUGUGACGCUGGUGAAGCCACUGGAUUACGAGAACGUGCGGAGUUAUCGGCUCGUAAUCCGUGCUCAGGAUGGCGGAAGUCCUUCGAGGAGUAACACAACGCAAUUGUUGGUCAACGUCUUGGAUGCUAAUGACAACGCGCCGAGAUUCUACACUUCGCAAUUCCAAGAAGCCGUCCUGGAGAGUGUUCCUGUUGGAUACAAUAUAGUUCGCGUGCAGGCUUAUGACUCAGACGAGGCCCAGAAUGCCGAGAUCACGUAUAAUAUCCUGGAGAGAGAGGACAACUUUCCGUUGGCUGUGGAUCCGAGGACUGGCUGGGUGCAUACGACAAGAACUCUCGAUCGGGAGGAACAGUCGCGAUACAACUUCCAGGUUGUGGCGAUGGACGGAGGAAUUCCGCCCAAGUCAGCAAGUACUUCUGUCGUGGUGACCAUUCAGGACGUUAAUGACAAUGAUCCUGUGUUCAGUCCGAAGUACUACGAGGCGAAUAUUGGCGAGGAUCAGCCACUUGGGACGCCAGUCACAACAGUCACAGCGACGGAUCCUGAUGAGGACUCUCGGUUGCACUAUGAACUGUCGUCGGGGAAUACCAGAGGAAGAUUCGCCAUCACCAGCCAGAAUGGCAGAGGAUUGAUCACAAUUGCACAGCCUCUGGACUAUAAGCAGGAGCGGAGAUUCGUUCUCACCGUCACAGCGACGGAUUCUGGGGGACGAACAGACACUGCCAUGGUGAAUGUUAACAUCACGGAUGCGAACAAUUUUGCGCCUGUGUUUGAGAAUGCUCCGUACACGGCUUCGGUGUUUGAGGACGCUCCUGUGGGAACGACGGUUUUGGUGGUUUCCGCCACGGACAGCGAUGUGGGCAUUAAUGCGCAGAUUACGUACUCACUGAAUGAUGAGUCGGUAAAUGGAUUAGGCGCCGCUGAGCCGUUUAGCGUGAAUCCUCAAACGGGAGCUGUGGUGACGAAUGCUCCGCUGGACAGAGAGACAAUCAGUGGAUAUUUGCUCACGGUUACGGCGAAGGAUGGAGGCAAUCCAUCGCACAGUGACACGACAGAUGUUGAGAUCACUGUGACUGAUGUCAAUGACAAUCCGCCAGUGUUCAAAGUUCCGGUGUAUCAAUCGUCAAUUCCUGAGGAUGCUCUCAUUGGGACAUCAGUGAUUCAGAUUGCUGCGACUGAUCUCGAUCAGGGCAUAAAUGGUAGGAUAAAAUAUGCCCUCAGCGAUAAGGACAAGGAAGAUGGAUCUUUUGUGGUGGAUCCGACAUCGGGAAUCAUCAGGACGAACAAGGGAUUGGACAGAGAGAGUGUGCCUGUUUAUCAUCUCACUGCCAUUGCUGUGGAUCGUGGAACGCCGUCGCUCAGCAGUUCUGUUGAGGUUCAAGUGAAACUUGAGGAUAUCAAUGACUCUCCGCCGACAUUCGAAUCUGACAAGAUCACUCUCUAUGUGGCCGAGAAUUCUCCCGUUGGCUCAGUCGUUGGGGAGAUUCACGCUCACGAUCCGGAUGAGGGAGUGAAUGCUCUUGUUCAAUACUCCAUAAUCGGCGGUGAUGAUUCGAAUGCCUUCAAUCUCAUCGUGCGUCAAGGAUCUGAGAGAGCACAGCUUGUGACGCUGACAGAAUUGGAUUAUGAGUCGCCGAGGAAGAAGUUUGAACUUGUGAUUCGAGCUGCAAGUCCACCACUGAGAAAUGAUGUUCACGUGGAGAUUCUCGUGACGGAUGUGAAUGACAAUGCGCCAGUUCUGAAGGAUUUCCAAGUGAUCUUCAACAAUUUCCGGGAUUGCUUCCCAGCGGGAGAAUUUGGAAGGAUUCCAGCCUUUGAUGCUGACGUUACGGAUAAACUCCAAUACAAAAUCCUGUCCGGGAAUAAUGCGAAUCUCGUGAGAUUGAAUUCAUCAACAGGUGGAUUGACGCUGAGUCCGCAGUUGAAUACAAAUGUGCCUAAAUUCGCCACAAUGGAAGUGUCAGUAAUGGAUGGCAUCAACGAAGCCAAGGCAAUCAUGCAGUUGGUGGUGAGACUAAUAACUGAGGAUAUGCUCUUCAAUUCAGUCACAGUGCGACUCGAUGAGAUGACAGAGGAGGCAUUCUUAUCGCCACUGCUGAACUUCUUCCUGGACGGUUUGGCUGCAAUCAUUCCCUGUCCGAAGGAGAACAUCUUCAUUUUCUCCAUUCAGGAUGACACAGAUGUUCAGUCGAGGAUUCUCAAUGUGAGCUUCUCGGCGAGGCGUCCGGAUGUGUCGCACGAGGAAUUCUACUCGCCACAGUAUCUUCAGGAGAGGGUUUAUCUCAAUCGUGCUAUUCUGGCGCGUCUUGCCACUGUUCAUGUACUUCCCUUUGACGAUAACAUCUGCGUGCGUGAGCCGUGUCUCAAUUAUGAAGAGUGUCUCACAGUCCUGAAGUUCGGCAAUGCCUCGGGAUUCAUUCACAGCGACACUGUUCUCUUCCGCCCAAUUUAUCCGGUCAACACCUUCGCCUGUCGCUGUCCGGAGGGCUUCACAGGGAGCAGAGAACACUACUUGUGUGACACAGAAGUGAAUCUGUGCUAUUCGGAUCCCUGUCGCAACGGUGGAACGUGCGUGAGGCGGGAAGGUGGCUACACUUGCGUGUGCAAAGAGGAAUUCACGGGCGCAGAUUGCGGUGUUGAGGUGAAAUCCAUGCCGCCGUGCACAGCUGAAGUGUGUGAAGGCGGCUUUUCGUGCAUUUAUGGCAACAUUAGUCCUCAUCAUCCACCUUACACAUCCACGUGCGAACUGAAAUCAAGAUCCUUCUCCAAGAACUCCUUCCUGACAUUCAACAGUCUGAAGCAGAGGCACAGAUUCACGCUGAAGUUGAAAUUCGCCACUGUGCACGAGAAUGGUCUUCUGCUCUACAAUGGAAGGUACAAUGAGCUUCAUGACUUCAUUGCUCUGGAGAUUCUCUCUGGACAAGUUGUCUUUUCCUACUCCCUGGGCAAUAAUGUCGAGAGUGUGACGGUUAAUCGCGAGGAGAAGGUGUCCGAUGGACAAUGGCACACCGUUGAAGUGAUCUACUUCAACAGGACUGUCAUUCUGGCUCUGGAUGAGUGUGACACUGCUCUGGCUCUCAGUGGAGAUCUCGGAGAUCGCUGGAAUUGUGCCAAUCAGACCACACUGAAGCUGGACAAGAGAUGCACAUCACUCACAGAAUCUUGCCAUAGAUUUCUCGAUCUCACAGGACCUCUUCAACUUGGUGGACUUCCACGCAUUCCUGCGCACUUCCAGAUACAAUCACAUGACUAUAUCGGAUGCAUUUCUGACUUCUACAUCGAUCACAAGUUCGUGGAUUUGAAUUCUUACGUGGCGGACAAUGGAACUGUUGCAGGAUGUCCGCAGAAGGCGCCUUCUUGCGCCUCCGAACCGUGCUUCAAUGGGGCGACUUGUCAUGAAGGAUGGGGUGUUCAUCUGUGCGAGUGUCCUGAAGGAUUCACAGGGAAUGCAUGUCAGGAAUCCGUGCCACCGCCAUGGAGAUUCGCUGGAGAUGGAGUGUUGAGUUUCAACCCACUCUUGAGGCCUAUUCAGUUGCCUUGGCUCACGGCUUUGUCCAUCCGAACGAGGCAGAAAGAUGCCUUCUUAAUGCAGAUUCAGGUCGGACAGAACAGUUCGGCCAUUGUGAGUCUCAAAGGUGGCAUUCUUCACUACACCUACAACGGAGAGGCGAUGUUUCUGUCCGGAGUGAGCAUCUCGGAUGGAGAGUGGCACAGGAUUGAGAUUAAGUGGAUGGGAAUGGAGAUAUCACUCGCAAUAGACUACGGCCAGAGGACAGGAGUUGUGCCAAUGUCGCAGAAGAUCCAGGGAUUGUAUGUCGGCAAGAUUAUCAUCGGUGGACCAGAUGGAGUGACUCCUAGUCUGGCAAAUGUGGGCUACUAUGAGGGAUGCAUCCAGGACGUGAGAAUUGGAGGACCGCAAUCAGUGCUGAAUCGCCCAACGAUGAGAGAAAAUGUGAUUGAUGGCUGCUCUUCUGCCGCUCAGUGUCCAGACUCUUGUCCUAAUCACUCAGUGUGCGUCAGCAGCUGGGAUGAGGCGCACUGCGAAUGUCUGUCGAGCUUCGUGGGCAGAGAAUGUGCCCCCAUUUGCACGGUGAAGCCGUGCAGUUCAGGAGUUUGUCGGGUGGACAGCGAGGACAAGAAGGGAUAUCAUUGUGAGUGCAAUUCGACCUUCAGCCACGGAGAGUACUGCGAGCUGCAGAUUCAGCAGCCUUGUCCGGGCGGCUGGUGGGGAGAGCGCGGCUGUGGUCCUUGUCGCUGCAAUCUGAAGCAAGGCUACCAUCCGGACUGCAAUAAGACCACUGGCCAGUGCUACUGCAAGGAGAAUCACUACCAACCGAUCAAUGAGACCGCUUGUUUGCCGUGCGAUUGCUACUCAAUCGGAUCCUACAGCGGAUCCUGCAAUCGCCUGACCGGCCAGUGUGAGUGUCGCGAAGGUGUGAUUGGGAGGAGAUGCGACUCGUGCUCGAAUCCCUAUGCAGAAGUCACCCUGAAUGGCUGUGAAGUUGUGUACGACGCCUGUCCAAGAUCCUUUUCGGCUGGUCUCUGGUGGCCCAGAACUCCGAUAGGGCACACAGCGACAGAGAAUUGUCCCUCUCCGGCCCGAGGGAAGGGCUUCAGGGUGUGCGAUUCCAACGGUUGGAGUCAUCCGGACAUGUUCAAUUGCACUUCUGAGCCAUUCAUCGAACUCAGGAAGCAAUUGUCGCAAAUUGAGAAGGAAGAACUGGCUUUCAAUACCUUCGUGGCGGUGAAGAUGGCUUCGAGUCUUCAGCAAGCUUGUGAGAUUGUUGGGUUGUCGAGUGGUGGCAAGACACCAUUGAACAUCUCUGUCACUUCCUAUGCCGUUGAGACUUCUCUUUUGCCCAAGGAGGACAUUUGGAGUGACAACUUCGAGAUGGAUUAUCUCACGCAAGAGUUCAGAUUCAUCCAUGAUCGUCUCUACGGAGCGGAUUUGCUGGUCACUGAAGGCAUUCUCCAUGAGCUGAUCAACUAUGAGAUGAUGCAGAGUGGCUUGAAUCUCAGUCACAGUCAAGACAAGGACUUCAUUCGCAAUCUCGUGCAGUGCGCGAGUGUUAUUCUGGAUGAGAAGUACACGAGUGAGUGGAAGAAGCUCACCAGUCUCACAAUGCGCGGUCCCAAUGAUCUCGUGGAUGCCUUCAAUAAGUACAUGGUCGUCUUGGCGCGCUCGCAGCACGACACCUACACGAAUCCCUUUGAGAUUGUCCAGCAGAACAUGGUUCUGGGAUUGGAUAUUGUCACGGCAGAAUCGCUCUUUGGCUACGAACCGCAGCAACUGAGUGAGUAUCACAGGAACAAAGUGACCAAGAAUCAUCAGUACACGACUGAGAGUGUUAUCUUGCCGGACACCAGUUCUUUCCUGCAGCACUCCUCCCGGCAGAAGAUGCCGAUUCUGUCAUUCCCGAAGUACAACAACUACAUUCAGGACAAAUCCAAGUUCGAUCCCUACACGAAGAUCCAGAUUCCGCUGGAUAUGCUGGGAAUUGCGCCGCCCGGAAGAGACGAAAUCACACACUCAGUGUCUGAAUACAGAGCCAUUGUCUCUUAUGCUCAGUACAAAGAUGCUGGGAAUCUCUUCCCGGACAACUUCGAUGACACCGUGACUCGACGCUGGGGCGUUGAUGUGCAAAUAGCCAGUCCGAUUCUCUCGCUAGCCAUUCUGGUGCCCAGCACGAAGGACGGAAAGGAGCCCGUGAAGAAAUCCGAAAAGACUGAUCUGCAUGAUAUCAUCAAGAUUCCCUCCAAUGAUGUCGAACUGAUGGAAACGCAUCACGAAGAGGUGCCUAAACUCAAUGAGGAGAUCAAAAUAAUGGUCCAUGAUAUGGACGAACCUAUUCCAAAUCUGGAAAACACCCCAGAAAUCCGUCUUCAGUUGCCUAGCGAAUCGCCUUUUGACUUCGAGAAGCAGGAUAAGCGACAACCAGAGACAGUUCAUGGUGAAAAUGAGGCAAUUUACGAGGACAAGAGGAGGAUUUUCAAGCGAGAACUGCCAAGAGAGGUCAAUUUGUCCGCCGACAGCGAGAAGGAUUCCAGUCUCAUCUAUCGAUCGCUGGGUUCUCCGCAUCUUCUGCAGCCUAUCAAGAUCCAGAUGUGGCUCAACAUUGAGAAGAGUGGCUUUGGGAUUCGCAGCAAUCCUCAGUGUGUGCGAUGGAACAGCUUCACAAACUCCUGGACACGCAUUGGAUGCCAAACGGAGAUUCCCGACUAUGAAAAUGUCGCCGAAGCGUCGGUUUUGGUCAUAAACUGCUCAUGCACGCACGUGUCCAACUAUGCUGUGCUCGUGGAUGUUAUCGAUCCGGAAGAUGUGCCUGAACCUUCGCUCCUGGUUCAGAUCUCUUCCUACUCUGCCUUCAUGAUUUCACUGCCGAUUCUUCUGGCUGUCCUCAUUGCCUUGGCUCUCUUGAGAGGAAUGCAGACCAAUUCCAACACUAUUCAUCAGAAUCUCGUGCUGUGCGUGUUCGUGGCUGAGCUUCUGUACUUCGUCACGAUGCAAGCGCGAAAGGAUUUGUUGAAUAAUGAGUUCCCCUGCAAAUUGAUCGCCAUAAGUCUUCACUACGCUUGGCUGGCGGCCUUCGCGUGGACAACGGUGGAUUGUAUUCAUCUGUACAGAAUGCUGACUGAGAUGCGUGACAUCAAUCACGGCCCCAUGGGAUUCUACUUCUCCCUGGGUUACGGCGCCCCCGCGAUUCUCGUCGGUCUUUCGGUGGGCGUGCGUGCUCAUGAAUACGGAAACAGUCUAUUCUGCUGGCUGUCGAUUUAUGAGGCGGUCGUUUGGUGGCUUGUGGGACCGAUUGCUGGGAUGUCCGUGCUCAAUCUCCUGAUACUCUUCGUGUCGGUGAAGGCGGCCUUCACGCUCAAGGAUCACGUGCUGGGCUUCGGGAAUCUGCGGACUCUGCUGUGGCUCUCUGUUGUCUCGCUGCCACUGAUGGGAGUGAUGUGGGUGUUGGCAGUGCUCUCGGCGUCGGAGAAUUCCCAGCUGCUGAACGUGCUGCUGUGCAUUGUUGUGUUCCUGCACGCCAUCUUCUGCCUCAUCGGCUACUGCAUCAUCAACAAGCGCGUGAGGGAGAAUCUCAAUCGCACCUUCUUGCGCUGCAUGGGCAGGAAAGUGCCUCUUCUUGACUCUUCGCUUGUCGUGAGCAGCAGUUCGCAGAAUGUCAAUCCGCGGAGUCCGGGUGGCUUUCUGGCGGGAAGUUAUGAAACUGCGAGGAGGAAUAUUGGCAUUAGUGCUUCUUCGACGACAUCUAGAAGCACAGCCAAGACCAGCUCGAGUCCUUAUCGGAGCGAUGGGCAAUUGAGACACACUUCAACUUCCACGAGCAAUUACAACUCUGCUAGCGACGUGCCGAACUACAUGAGAGGAUAUGAAGGACGUCACAAGGAAGGUGAGAAAUAUCGCAGAAGAAAGGAUUCAGAUUCAGGCUCUGACACAGACGGACGAAGCUUAGAUCUGGCGUCGAGUCACUCGAGUGACGAGGACGAGUCUCGCGUGGGUGCAAACACCACGAAUUCCCAUCGCAGUGCGGGCGUGAGUGUGACUCCUUACUUGCCCAACAUCACAGAACACGUGACAGCUUCCACGCCGCCUGAAUUGAAUGUCGUGCAGAGUCCACAGCUCUUUCCCAGCCUGAAGCCGGCAAUGUAUGCGCCACGCUGGUCGAGUCAAGUGCCUGAAUCCUAUCUUCCGACACCCACGAAUGCCGGUCGAUGGUCUCAGGACACAGGAUCUGACAAUGAAGUGCAUCCGCACAAGGCGAAUUCGCCGAAUCCACUGCCAAAUCCAGAUCUCACGGACACAUCCUACCUUCAUCCGCACAGCAAGAUGAACAUGCCGCCGUCGAUCCUGGAGAACAUCGCCGAGAACUACAAUCUGCAGUCGACGGAAGCUCAGUUGUAUGACAAUGAGCGGUACAAGUACGAGAUGGACAGAGAAAGUCUCUAUGGCAGGAAGAAGGACUACCAGGACAACUAUGGGGACUACGACACAGGUGCGUACAUGCAGAACAAAGUGCCGUACGCGUCGGGAAGUGAGAAGGACUACGGAUCCACGCAGAUUGUCAAUCACAUUCGGCCGUAUCACAAUCAUCACGAGAACCCACCGUUUCUCCACGAGAGAACUCACGGAUAUCUCGGCAGCCAGACGGGAUCGCCUUACAUGUCCAAGGAGCACAUUGCCGCCGAAUUGUACAGUCCGCGCGAGAGCCACUACGCCCUCAAAUCGCCCGCACUCUACGGAGAGUCCAUGCACGGCAUGCACUCGAUGCUGAAGAACGAUUAUCAACAGCGCGCUGUGGACUACCAUUCAGAUCGCAUGUCCGAGACGUCGGACAAGAACUCGUACAAAUUCCCCUUCAACGCUGAAGAGGACCACUCCACGUGCUCCAUGACAGUGAAUCGCCUUCACCACGGGGUGAAUGACAUCAACAAUCCUGGCGUCCUGCCAUCCAGUCGUCUGUCGUCGCGCCAAGGCUCGAGAGCCUCCUCGCCGCCGGCUGGAGGUGUGACUGUGGCCCCGAUGCAGCCUCUCGCCCCGCUCACGAGCAUCACAGACACGAGCGAGAAGGCUACUGAUGACGCUGAAACGACAGUGUAAUGAUCAUUAAUGAGUAAAUUAAUUAACUUUUAAGGACUGUUUAAUUGUAACAUCCCGAGAGAAUUUGUACAGAAUUUGUGGACACAAAAUUCUCUCAGCCAUUUUGACUGUUUAGCAUUUUUCACACAAGUUUAAGAGAGAAAAAAAGAAUUUCUUUUUGUCAAUACAUUGCCAUUUUAUUGUGUAUUAUUUUAGAGGAAUUUUUUGUUUUAGGUCUACUUGUAGACAUUUUUUUCUAGUUAAGUGGUGAACAUAAAGUGUAAAUAUACAUUUGUACUGACUGCAUUUAAGGACCUUGUAAGGCGUGUGACGAUGAUAUCGAAGGAAUUCUUGCUAUAGAUAAGAAUUUUAGGUCUGGAUUGUGAACAGAACUUAAGAACGAUAGACUAAUUUCUAAGACUCUCUAAUUUAAUGGAAAUUGCUCAGACAAUUCAAUGUAUAAUCUCUUUUCUCCAAGAACUUUUCCAUUUUAAAAGUAAACACUUGUGGUUACAAUUGUGACUGAAAUCAGUCCAUUUUUUGCGACGUAACAUAAAAUAUUUAUAACUCUGCUUUUUAUGCAACACCCCAAAAAGAAUGGAAAAUAUCCAUAGCUUUCCCAAUUGUGUAUAUCUUGCUAAAUGGCGAAAAAAUUCGUAACAUUCCCUGAAUUUUCUCUCACUAAUUCCAAUUUUUUCUACAAUUGGUAGAACAUAAAAGAGAAAGUAAAAGAGUGCCUCGAGUUUAGUUAAUGCGAAUGAUGUAUAGAGAAAAAUUAAUUAACUUAUUUUCAUAGAUUUGCAAAAGCUCACGAGCUGAGUUUUCAUCCCUGCGAAGUGAAAAAAAAUAGCAUAAAAUGUGUACAUUAAUUUCACAUUCCCUUUGUGUGCAAUGACAUUCUCCUCACCUAUUCAUCGUCCUGAGAAUAGGAAAUUCAUAUAAAACAUUCCAUCGGACAUUCAUUAUGAAUGAGUUGCUUUUCCCUCAUUGCAUGUUGCGAAGGCAUAAAAAGAGUAUUAUUUAAUAUAACGAAGAUGAGAGAAACUCAUGCAAUUUUUUUUGUUUGUUUGUAAGAAAUUCCUUUGUCAUACUCAAACUGCUGAAUUCAGGAUAAAAAAAAAGACAUGAGACGAACAGAAUAUAUUAAAUUGUGAUUUUAUAUUUGUAUAUUAUAUAUACACAAUAAAACUUUAAACAAUUUCCC